GUCCCAAUACAUCAUCACCACGGUCCCAAUACAUCAUCACCACGGUCCCAUUCGUCGAGCUUGGUCGAACAAACUCGCUGACGCUCGCUUCCUCGCUGGCUUCCACAGGCCCUCACAGCCACUUGUCCUGGACCAAGAGCCUUGCACCUCGUCUCUGGACUCAGACCCACAUUCUUCGAAUCCGUGCCUAUGGGUCAAGCGCAUCGAAUCGCAGCUUCUCUCUUGCUCGCUUUGACGUGUCUCAUCUCAAGCAGUCAAGAUAAGCGAUACCUUCAACCUGUGCUCGUCGCGUUCUGGGUCAUGGCCAUCUCAUCGAGGGGCGAUUCCUUUGUCAAGAUUCCGGUCAAGUGGAUCCUGUUGAAUCUCAACAUUUGCAUCGCCGGCGUCAUGCUCUACGGUACUCUAUUCCAUCUCCCCGUAUGGACCCGAAUCUUUUCGUCCUCCGUUUCUGCUCUCCCUCGUGGAAUAUCCUCUUUGGUGCUGCACGAUGCUACCACCUCGAGCUCUCGACCUUGGGCAUGGAUCAUGCGCGUCAUGUGGAUGUUCCUCGACAUGAUCCCGACCUUGUUGAGCGGCACUAUUGUCGGCAUGGCAUACCGCUUUGACUAUGCUCAAUCCCAAGCUCCCGUUCGACUCCCUACGCAUGUCGAGGCGGCUUCCACCAAGAUCAAGUCCAUGAUCCUCACCAACACCGUCGAGGGAUUCUCCAAACCUACUUUCUGGUCCGCCAUCGCCUCGCUGGCUUUCUCCCUUGCAUUAGGCGAAUUGGGAUCAAUCUACUUAGGUGACGAACGACAUCUCGCGGGAGGACUGUACACUGCUCUCACGGUCCCCUGUGUGAGUGGAGCGACCCUCUUCGUGGCUUGGUAUGGAGGAAAGCUCGACGCAUGGAAGGCGUACACCGAGACAUGGGGUGCUGCAGCAGAAUCAGAAUCAAUGGAAAGCCUGUGCGACGCUUACCCUGUCGAUUCGGAAAAGAGAGCCGUGAGCGAAGACGAAGAGAAACCAACCUUGCUGGUCGAGGUGUAGAGCUCAGAGGGGCAAGGCAUAAGACGGACAAUCGAACAGAGCAUCAGAGGCUAUUCAAUCUACUUUUGGUAAACAGGGUCAAUAUCAUUAACCCGUCCAUUCGUUGCAUCACACGCUGGCAUGCACAUAUCUUGCCGAGAA